AUGUCGUUUUCAUUUUUCAAGCCUUCUCGGCCUAAAACCCCUCAGGAGCUGGCGAAGGCGAUCAAAGAUAGUCUCAUGGCACUCGACACCAAAACCGUUGCGGAAGUUAAAGCCCUCGAAAAGGCUUUGGAAGAAGUUGACAAGAACAUAAUGGCAAUGAGAACUAUGCUCUCAGGAGAUGGUGAAGUUGAACCAAACAUGGAUCAAGUUGCACAACUCACACUUGAAAUCUGUAAUGAAGAUGUUAUAUCUCUGUUUAUUCACAAGUUACCUAUUUUGGGAUGGGAAGCCAGGAAAAAUUUGGUCCACUCUUGGUCAACAUUGUUGAAGCAAAAGGUUGAUUCUGUAUGUUGCUGUGUACUAUACAUGGAGAACCAUUUAGAGUUACUGGACUUCCUCGUAGUCUGCUAUGAUAACAAGGAAAUUGCUCUGAAUUGUGGAAAUGUGCUGAGGGAAUGCAUCAAAUUUCCUACUCUUGCAAAAUACAUAUUGGAGUCUCCAAGUUUUGAGUUGUUUUUCAAAUUUGUGGAGCUGCCAAAUUUUGAUGUUGCUUCUGAUGCAUUUUCUACAUUUAAGGAUCUGCUCACUAAACAUCCACCUGCAGUUUCUGAAUUCCUGACUACUCACUACAAUGAGUUCUUUGAGCAGUAUGAAAAACUCUUGACCUCUGCCAACUAUGUGACAAGAAGGCAGUCCUUGAAGCUUCUCUCUGAAUUUCUUUUGGAGCCUCCAAGUUCCCAUAUAAUGAAGCGCUAUAUUGCGGAAGUUCACCACUUGAAAGUCAUGAUGACAUUGCUGAAGGAUUCAAGCAAAAACAUUCAAAUAUCUGCCUUCCAUAUUUUCAAGGUUUUUGUGGCUAAUCCUAGCAAACCUCGAGAGAUAAAAAUCAUAUUGACAAAGAACCGUGAAAAGCUGUUGUCGCUGCUUCACGAUCUCUCUCCAGGCAGAGGUGGUGAAGAUGAUCAAUUUGAAGAGGAAAAGGAAAUGAUAAUCAAGGAAAUAGAAAGAGUAUCUCGACUGCCAAAUCUCAACUAA